GUGGAUCUGAGCGCAGCCGAGCCCGCACUGCCCCGCUCCAUGCGCGCCUUCCUGGAGAGCGGCCCCAGCGGCCUGGCCGCUGCCCGGAGGGCGCUGGAGUCGGGCCAGCACCGGGUGCCGCGGGGGACGGUGCAGCUCCUGGCGCCCAUCGGGGACCCAGAGAAGGUGAUUUGUGUGGGGCUCAACUACCACGACCACUGCCUGGAGCAGGACCUCAGGAGCCCCAAGGAGCCCAUCAUCUUCAGCAAGUUCCCCAGCGCCAUCGUGGGGCCCUUCGAUGACAUCGUACACCCCGAGGAGAGCAGCGAGGUGGACUGGGAGGUGGAGCUGGCCGCCGUCAUCGGGAAGAAGGGGCGGCACAUUGAGGAAUCGUCCGCGCUGGACCACGUCGUGGGGUUCACGGUGGCCAACGACGUCAGCGCCCGGGACUGGCAGACAAAGAGGAACGGGAGGCAGUGGCUGCUGGGGAAAACCUUCGACACCUUCUGUCCCCUGGGGCCAGCUCUUGUCACCAAGGAGGCCGUGGCAGAUGUCCACAACCUGAGGAUCCGCUGCAGCGUCAACGGGCAGGUGAUGCAGGACAGCAGCACCAACCAGCUCAUCUUCCCCCUGCCCAAACUCAUCGCCUGGGUCUCCCGAUUUGUCACACUGGUCCCUGGGGACAUCUUGCUAACAGGAACGCCUGCUGGUGUGGGGCUCUUUCGGAAGCCCCCCGUGUUUCUUAAGAGAGGAGACGAGGUGCAGUGUGAGAUCGAGGAGCUGGGCACCAUCUGCAACAAGGUGGUGUGAAGACGGAGAGGCCAAAUCCCACCCCCAUUCAGCUGCCUUCCCCCGCUUUGGUGUUCAAUAAAGCCAGGAGCCAGUCGGG